AUGAAGUAUGGCUUUCAGGACCUAAAUAUGAAUGCUUUGGUGGCUCUCUGUCACUUCUGUGAGCUCCAUGGUCCCAGGACUUUGUUCUGCACGGAGGCUCUCCACCCCCCUUCACCCUCUGCCCCCUCUCAGUUCGGGGUGGCACUUGGAGACCGGGAUGGUGACAGAGAAGGAGAAGGGUUAACCAUGAGGGCAAGCUGCACUGCCACACAGAGAGGAGAGAUGUGUGAGGGAUGUAGAUCUCUGCCUGCGUCUCAUCCGGGAUUUGUGAGCAUUGAUGAUGAGACUGGAAUUCGUUUCUUAAGUCAUCAGCACCCGAGGCAGUCUCAGCUGUUCAGUGUGGUGCGACAGGCGUGUGUCCGCAGCCUCAGCUGUGAGGUUUGUCCAGGACGAGAAGGCCCCAUUUUCUUUGGGGAUGAGCAGCACGGGUUUGUGUUCUCUCACACCUUCUUCAUUAAAGACAGCCUGGCUAGAGGCUUUCAGCGCUGGUACAGCAUUGUGAUGGUGGCUAUGGACAGAAUCUACCUCAUCAACUCCUGGCCCUUUCUAUUACGUCACCUCAGGCUAACAAUCCAAAGUUUGCAAAGCACAGCUCUCAAAGUGUUUGACAGCGAGCAGGUUGUGUGUCCACAACGCGCUGCAAGAAUAAACAGUGUGUUUUCACCUGUGUUUCCACAUCAGAGAAGCGGUAACGCAGCUCGCUCUCUCACCUCCCUCACCCAGCACCCACACUUGUGGGCCAGCCUUCACUCCUCCUUCAGUUUGCUGUUGAAGGCCUGUGGAAGCCGCCUGACAGAAAAGUUACUGGAAGGAGCCCCCACAGAGGACACACUGGUCCUCAUAGAGAGACAGACAGAGCAAGAAGAAGAAAUGAACUGCGGAGAAGGAGCUGAAGGAGGGCCAAAAUCAAAGUGGCACCAAAAUGAAACCAUGACUGUACCAGAUAUUUUUUUUGAUCAGACAAAGUUAGAAGAAAUAACUGGUCCAAAGUUCAGGUCUCUGAGGCAUUUGAGACAAGUACUUGGUGUGGCCGAGUUUCGCCAUCUCGCAUGGCACGUGCUCAUGGGUAAUCAAGUCAUUUGGAGAAGCACAGAUCCUGGACUUAUACAAUCUGCCUUCAUCAUAUUAAAGUCUUUACUUCCAGUCGGCUGUGUCCGCUCUAUACCUUACAACGGACAGUAUGAGGAGGCCUACAAAUGCAACUUCCUCGGUUUAAGUCCGGACGUUCCCAUUCCAGUCCAUGUCAGCUCCUCAGAAUUUUCCGUUCUGGUGGAUGUUUCGUCUAAUAGGAAUCGUCUGAGUUCAGUGUUGAGCGAUGACAGUGUUUCCUCCUGGUUUCAGUUCAACAUCAGCAGCGCAAACACUCAGGCCACAGACCGAGGUCCAACGUUGUUAAAUAAGUUAGAAGUGGCUCUUUCCAAUGAAAACUUAUCCAUGGAUGUUGUGUUCCACUGUCUGUUAUGUCUGAAGGAGGAGUGGAUGAAUAAAGUGAAAGUGCUUUUCAAAUUCUCCAAAGUUGACGGCCGGGGGAGGGAGGACACACAGAAGCUCCUGGUUCUGCUCGGCGCGGGAGAGGAGGACAACGUCAGACUGUUAAAGUUCUGGAUGACUGGACUGAGCAAAACCUACAAGACCCAUUUAAUGAGUGCGGUCCGAGGAGGCGAGAGGAGCCCCAGUCAAUAA